AUGGUGCUGGGGAAGGUGAAGAGUUUAACAAUCAGCUUUGAUUGUUUCAACGACACCAAUAUCCCUGUCUAUUCUAGUGGGGACACAGUCUCGGGAAGGGUCAGUUUAGAAGUUACUGGGGAAAUUAGAGUAAAAUCUCUUAAAGUUCAUGCAAGAGGAUAUGCAAAAGUACGUUGGACUGAAUCUAGAAAUGCUGGCUCCAACACUGCCUAUACACAGAAUUACACUGAAGAAGUAGAGUAUUUUAAUUGUAAGGACGUUCUACUUGGGCAUGAAAGAGAUGAUGACAAUUCUGAAGAAGGCCUUCACACCAUUCAUUCAGGAAGGCAUGAAUAUGCGUUCAGCUUUGAGCUUCCACAGAUACCACUUGCUACCUCAUUUGAAGGCAGACAUGGCAGUGUGCGCUAUUGGGUGAAAGCUGAAUUGCAUAGGCCUUGGCUUCUACCAGUAAAAUUAAAGAAGGAAUUUACAGUCUUUGAACAUAUAGAUAUCAACACUCCUUCAUUACUGUCACCCCAAGCAGGCACAAAAGAAAAGACUCUCUGUUGUUGGUUUUGUACUUCAGGCCCAAUAUCUUUAAGUGCCAAAAUUGAAAGAAAGGGCUACACCCCAGGUGAAUCAAUUCACAUCUUUGCUGAGAUUGAGAAUUGCUCUUCCCGUAUGGUGGUGCCAAAGGCAACCAUUUACCAAACACAGGCAUUCUAUGCCAAAGGGAAAAUGAAGGAAGUCAAACAGCUUGUUGCCAAUCUCCGUGGGGAAUCCCUAUCAUCUGGCAAAACAGAAACCUGGAAUGGCAAACAGUUGAAAAUUCCACCUGUUUCCCCUUCAAUCCUUGACUGUAGUAUAAUCCGUGUGGAGUAUACACUGAUGGUAUAUGUUGAUAUUCCGGGAGCCAUGGAUUUAUUCCUUAACUUACCACUGGUCAUUGGUACCAUUCCUCUACAUCCAUUUGGUAGCAGAACAUCAAGUGUGAGCAGCCAGGGUAGCAUGAACAUGAAUUGGCUUGGUCUGACACUGCCUGAAAGACCAGAAGCACCUCCUAGCUAUGCAGAAGUGGUCACAGAGGAAAAUAGACAGUCCAGCCUUGUACCUAUAGCUGCUUUUGAUUGUGAGAGAGCACUUCAAGGACCAUUAUUUGCAUACAUCCAGGAGUUCCGUUUUCUGCCUCCACCCCUAUAUUCAGAAAUUGAUCCAAACCCAGAUCAGCCCACAGAUGAGAGACCAUCUUGCCCCUCUCGUUGAAGGAAUCCAUAAAAAGCUGACUUGACUUGAGUUUUGAAUCAUACCUGCUAUGUUGAAGAUCAAGGUGUCAUAGUGGAGACUUGCUUUUAAAGGA